AUGUUACAUGUAUCCAAUCUCACACGUAAUAUCAAUGAGGAUCAUCUAUAUGAGAUUUUUGGUACUUUUGCUGAAGUUAUUGAUGUUCAUCUUGCUAUAGAUGAUAAAGUUAAUCUCCCUAAAGGAUAUGCUCAUAUUACAUUACCAAAUAAAGAGGCCGCUAAGGAUGCUAUAUAUCAUCUUCAUCAUGCUCAGAUAGAUGGCAAUAUUAUUAAUAUCCGAUUCGCACAUAAGAGUGGUGAGAAUACCAACAAUGUUGUUGUUGUUGAUGCUGCCAUUAGGAGAGGCGUCCGAGAUGAUGAUGACGAUUCAGCCCAUCGACUUCCAUUGGUCGACACUUAUAAGGUUCAGAUAUGA